UUUUAUAAUCCAAAAAGUCAAAGAAAGCAUGUUUCGUUUUCUUGUAGUAUUCCAGCUCUUAAACAUAUGGAGACCAGUAAUCUAAACUAGACAUAAUCAUGGAGAAAUCUCAAGACUAUGCUGCUGCAAUUCUUUUGAUAGUCACUCUAAUGGUGUGUUUGGCCAUAUCGGAAACCAAUGUCACUACAGAUCAAGCUUCUCUUUUGACCUUGAAAGCACACAUCAGUUUAGACCCUUCAGGAAUUUUGUUGAAGAACUGGUCUUCUUUUGCCUCGGUUUGUGAGUGGAUUGGAGUUACUUGUAGUUCUCGCAACCAAAGAGUGGCUGCAUUGGAUAUUUCUGGGAAUAGUUUGUCUGGUAAUCUCCCUGUUGACAUAUGUCAUGGACUUCCAAGACUCACAGGGCUUUAUCUAUCUUCAGAUGAACUGGAUGGCAAUAUUCCUUCUGAUCUAUCAGAAUGUUCACAACUUCAGCUCCUUUCCUUGUCACACAACAAAUUUAGCGGAUCCAUUCCAAGAGAAAUUGGGCGCAUAAGGACGCUUCAGACUUUAUAUCUUGGUUCAAAUGUUUUUUCUGGUAUUUGAAUCAUCAUUGAUGCUGUGAUAGUACUUCAAAUUCUUAUUUAAAAA